AUGGCCUUUCACGCGCAAAGAUCAUGGUGCGAUCUCGCUGCAUUUAUUGAUCGUUAUGGAAAUGCUUUACCAAAGACAGUCAGGGUUGUCGAUGGGUUUUGUGGGGCUAAUGACGACGAUACACUGGACCCUGAUCAGGUCUUACUUUUCCACAGAUUGGAGACAGAGAAAGCAAUUCUUGGACUUGAUGAGUAUCGUCAAGAGAUUUGCAUACAAGAAAAUUCCAACACCAAAGUUUACCUUCUUCCGCUCGAAUGUAGCACAUUUGAAACAGUUCAAGAACUUACCAAUGUUCAAUGGUCUUUUAUUCUCGUUCUUGAAGAUAUUUUAACGACUGGGAUCGUUUCAGGAAGUAAGCUGAAACUGCUGAGAGAUGAACAAAGCAGUCCCCACUGCUUGAAAUGCCAAAUUGUCUUCAGUCAAGACGAAUUCCGGGAUGUUCUACUCCCUCUUCAUGUGAAAGGAAAGUUUCUGCCGCUUUUGGACCCCUCAGAAUACUACUUGCACGAGAUUCUAGCGUACAAUCACCUACCAGUAAAUGUUCGAUUUAUAUCUGAUUCAUCAAAGCCUAAUACCCGCUUCGCUUCACAGUCCUUGGCACAUUUAGGUCACGUCCUUCUUACACACAAAACCGAAGCGACAAUGGUCUUUGCGGCAUCGUUCAACCACGACUUGUCGCUAUACGUUUUCCCUAGGACUCUUGACAUCACUGUUAGCCUCAGAUCGGACGACUCAACGGAAGCUAGCGAUAAGGUAAAAGAAUGCAAAAGGCUCCUGCAGGAAAAUGAUUGUCAAGUGAAACAACUAGACAAUGCAGUGAAGGAAUCCUUCUAUUUCACAGCAAAUCCAGUCAGGCGUUUCCGCGUUCAGCUGCCUAAAAAAACUUGUCCAAUACCACUUCCAAGAUCACGCUAUGACUCUAAAGCGCGUGACAAGGCUUCGCCAGGAUCCAUUAAACCUCUCCCAAGAAGGAAACUCCUUCCAAAAAAUAGUGGAGACGCUCAAAAAUCUGAACCAGGUGCGGUUGUCAAGCCUAUUACAGAUAAUAAAGGCCUUGGUGACGUUUUCGAAUAUUCAUCCUCUUCAGAAAUUUCACAUGAAGUCAAUUACAAAGAUGAAUUCAAUUCUGAGGUACCUGCCGUACCCCCUAAAACAAGAUCAUAUUCAAGAGGCACAAAUGAAGCCAAAACUGUCAAACUCCACAGUCCGUCUUCAUUUGAACCCACUUCACGAAAUCAGCUGGUGACGAUGGCAGAGUAUGAAGACGUACCCAAAGAUUAUCAAGUGGUACAGGCAGACUGGCGAGAGGCAAAUAACGAUGAAUACAGCGAAUCGGCACAGAGAAAGGGUAAUCCAGAACCUGAGCUGCCACCAAAGCCUGUAUUCCUCAGGCCAUUGCUUGCUGACACUGAAGAAAAUAAUAGCUUAAUGCCACAAGACAGUCCUCCUCCUCCACUGCCUCCAAGGAAAGACGGGGACAGCUGUCCUGAAGAGCUCGUCGAGAAAAAAGAAAACGUUGCCUUCAUAAGAAGUAAAAAUCCCUUACCAGUGUUACCUCCUAGGAAGGAAUUAUCAGAUGUUGCUUAUAAAGUAGUCGAUGUAACAAACUGGAAAUGGUAUGAGGACCAAUUUGCGUACACCGAAGUCAAAGAUGAAGGGCACGUCAUUAGUCAAGAUAGUGCGGGAACCUUGCAAACCCAAAGCGACAUUUGUGGGUCAGAACCCCAAGAAUGUGCGCGGGAAAAAGAAAGGCAACGAGAUGGCGAGUCAUCUUACGAAAUCAAGGAUUAUCGCGGAGCUGAGGAAAUUGGUGCUGAAGAAGACAAUGAGGAAGAUGGGACGUACGAGGAGAUUGAUACUUGGUGUACGUCUCCUUCGACAGAGGAAAAUCUACUGAAGACGAACACGAACCCACAAAAGAAAAAAGUUACUGUACCGUCAACGAAUCCCAGCACACCAAACAACGUCAAAUGUCCUACGCAAACAAGUCAAGAAAAACCAGCCAUCGCUUCAUCGCGUAGGUUGAAAAAAGAAUUAAUAAUCUCAAACCGAUGCGAGGAGGAUUUCAUGGAUUUUAAAGACAUUGAACAGUUUCUUAAACUCAGGAAAAAGUUGAACGACUUGCGUGACCACGUGAAUGAUCUUGAGAAAAAAGUCGGUGUAAAAGAAGGGCCGGGGGAUGAAUCACAUGAGUUGUCCAGCACCAUCGAUGAAAUGGCCUCUUCUUACAGGUUUGACAGAGUGGAAAACAGGACAGAUGAAAACAGGAACAUUUUUAUCUCGGUUAGGACACUAAACAAGUUUAAAGUUGGCUCAGAGAGUAGAAAUGUUGGUUUGGACAAAGAUGGAACUGAAAAGAGUACAGGAGAGGAAACUUCAAAUUCGAUUUCUCCCGUCAAUACUCUGGAUUCCGAUGACGGCGAUGAAGCUUAUGCAGAAUGCUGCGAAAGAGAAUUCUCCCACAUUGAAGACGAUUCGGCUUGCUACAUGAGCAAUUCUGAACAAGGUAGACAAAGUACCGGCGAUAGUGCUGAACAUGGUGUGGAAUCUGGCAACUACAACACCGUCGAGGUAGGAACGUCAAGCUAUUUGCAACUGGAGAACUCUAAUGAAGAGGUCGAGAAUGUUUAUGUAAAUGUCGAUGCCGAAGACUUCGAUCAAGAGGCGCAGUGGGGUAAAGUAAAAGAACUUCCACCCCUUCCUCCUAAAAAAAGGACAAAUUUAACCUGCUGACUGAGCCCCUGACAGCACACCGCCCAGCGAGGGUUUGGUGAGAAAAAUGAAAAAAAAAAAAGUGGUAUGAAUGUGCUGCGAAAAACAGUUAUGAUUCGACACAAUGUGUCCAAAAUUGUGGGCAAAUUUCAUGGCUGUCGCUUGUCGCCCCUGGAGUCGCGAACUAAUAUGUACACAAGCGAAUUGAGUCCAGAAUUUCUUAAAACCUAAGGUUUUAAGAAAUUCUAGUACUCUUUAAGAUCUCUAGCUUAGUCACCCCCAUUGGCUGCAAAGCACUAAAAUAAAAUUUUCACGAUCAUUUCAUUUUCAUUCACCUUUUUCAUUCCUAAAAGAGACAAAUCUAUCUUAUAUUCUAUGACUUAACACCCUGCUAGCAGAGUCGCUUCGAUCUUUCCUAGAUAAGUCGGGAAAGAUCGAAGCGACUCUGUUAGCAGGGUAAUGACUUAAGCGUUUUAAAAAAAAUAUCUCCAAGUAAAUUUGAAGAGUUCUCCUUUGAAUGGUUGCACAAUAUGAUUUCAUUGAAAGUCGUCUGUACAAUUCACCUCGAGAGUCUGAGGGGAUACACUGAUCUCAAAUAAGUUGCGCUGGUGUAAAAAGAUACUAGUUUUUUUGCGUUGCAGUUGCCAACUCUCGGAUUCAUUGUCAAUCUUACGUCGUACAAUUUAAUGAGAAACGAAGUCAUAUAUGGCAGGUCUCAAAACGCUACAUGACAUGACAACAUGACUUUGUGUGGUAUCGCAGUUUGUCGACAAAAUGAGCGUAUAACUAACUGAAUUUCAUUGGUUUGUAGCCGCGUCUUGCAAAUCGCAACCAUGUAAAGCCCGGUUUUCAGACGCCAUGCAAACUUUUCGUGAGCCUAAUUCGAAUUAAGGCCGACCCAAACUAUUUCGACAGCCUGAAUUGAUUCAGACGUCGAUCUUAAUUCCCAUCGAACUAAAUUCAAUAGGAGAAAAGUGCUCAUUUUGGUGAAACAGCUUGCAAAAUACGUUGUUAUAAUUUAUUCGGCGUCUGAAUCAAAGCCGUUCCCAAGCAUCGGCUCCUGUCCAAAGUCACAGUCGAAAUUCCCGGCCGGGCUAGGCGUUCCAAAUUGAAAUUGUCGUCUCUAAUUGAUUCAGACGCCGAACCUUUCUUGUACUUAAUUCAAUGUAUUAGGUUCGGCUUAUGAAAAGAUCGGCGUCUGAACCGGGCCCAAGUCCGGUAAUACCAAAACAUUACCCACAGCGAGUUUACCUUGUUUUUAUUCCCACGGUCAGCUAAACCUACUAUUUGACUUGUUAGAAGGAGAGUUAGAGUAAGGAGUAUCAUACCAGCUUGAGGUAUUUGAGCUGUACCCUCUUUCUCUCGAGGUGAAUUUAUUGCGUUGCAAUUGCCAACUCUCGGAUUUAGUGUCCAUCUUAUGACUUAUUAACAUUGUACAAUUUCAAGGAAAAAAAACAUACAAGGCGGGUCUUAAAUUGAUGUAUUCAGUUUUUGAAAUAACGCUAUGACAAUAACUAUCGCAGUCUCUCGAUAAAAAGAGCGCGAAACUGAAUUGGAUCUUUUGCAGUAUUUCCUCCACAGUGUUCUGAAAAUAAAGAAUGCAAAUUUAUGGCUAUGAAAACAAGCUUACCACAGAAAUUGAUACUGUGUUUACAGAGUUCCUGUGUGCGAUUUUUUGGCACUAGAGUUCUUUCCUUAAUUUGUCAAUUCCUCAAAGCCGACGGAAAGUCAUUUGAAACUGAAAGUAAUUUAAGUCAUGAUAAGAAUAAAACAUCCCCAUUUUCGUGACGUUUUUUUAAGGACAAUUGACUUUAAUAGUUUUUUGUGUGUGUUCUUAAAAUGGCAAAUCUGCUAUUUGUAGUUUACAGUAGCUACCAGACCCGCAGUAUACAGGCUGUCAACCGCUGAUUAAUGGUUGUAACUUUUUGCGUAUUUGAUAAACAACUGAACACAUUUCUUGAGGGUAGAUUACAUAUGAUAACGUAACCGAAUAACGGCUUAAUUCAAUGACUACCUGAUCACCUAAUAAUAUAUUGUGUACAAAUUUGAUUUUAAUGUUCUGGAUGAGAAACGGUACGUAAAUUGUAGGUCCUUACUCUAGGUUUAUACAAUAAAAUGACCCUUACCUAUCCAUGUUUUUUUGGUUCAAGUUUGUCUUAUCUUUGCUUCAACUUUGUAUUCCGUUUUGUUUCAAACUCACGUAUUAUCGUCAAAGGAAAUAAAACUCGAACCAACGUUUGUACCCCCUGCAGCGGUGGCGGAGUUCCCCCUUCCCCCCCCCCGAUAAGCAAUAAAAGGCGGCCUCUGUCUUUUUUUCGGAUAGUGGAUUAGGGCGUGUUCCCCACGAUACGAUCUUAACGCCUGGAACGGGCUAACAACAUUUUAGGCCCCUCGGAUACUUCAAUGCUAACGACAACAAAAACUACAUAGGAUAGCCUUCUAUAUAGCCUCCCCUGCAGACAUUCUUACGGGUUCGUCACGCGUUCCAGCCCCACGAACGUCUGCUGAACCGAAAGAGAUAUUCCUUUCCCAUUUUUCGCAAAUAUCAGCUGGAGAUCACAUGCAGAUUAUCGGAGAUCCAAUCGGCGCUGUUGAAGUUAAAGUGUUGACAAGCCAAACACAUACGUACAAGCUCUAUAGAGUGCGAUACGUGACCAACGAUUUUUUCUCCGGACGAGAAUCUAGGAGAUAAGCUUUGGAUUUUUGUAUAUUUCUCUCUUAUAGGUUGGAUUAGAUGUCGUUUGCUCAUAAAGUUGUUCUUUAGGUGAUGAUGCAACGGCGGGGUUACCUUGUAAGACUGAACAAAAGGUAGAAUUUUUCUUCACACGUUAUUGUUUUGUAGUAAAGCCGACUUUAACCUCCGAGGCAAUUUUUUUCAAUGAGAUUGUGAGGGUAGCCACUAGUACGAACGCUGGUGAGUUAACUGAGUAGAUUGUUCUAAAACUGUAAGGUCUUCACCUUUUAUGAGACCGUUCUGAUCUUUUCUGGAGUUAUAAAGUCAAGCGCGAAAUUUCUCAAGGUCCAAAGUGCACUUCCCAGAUCUGGAAGUCUGCUGUGAUUGGUCUACGUUUUUUUCCGCUCAAGUCAGCUUUGGUGAAAUGUGUGUACUGGAAGGUUUCCACUUGUUUAAAAUGUGUCUUUACAUCAUGGACAACUUUUUCGUUGAAUCUUGUGCCUAUGUAUACAACCGUGUCUAAAAAAAUUAUCUCAGUGUCAGAUAUUUCGGCCGUGAAUUCAAGUAGUAGGGUGAUGUAAGCUUGCCCCAGUGUUCGAAAAAAACUACGAUGUCUGGUUUACUCAUGUCCCAAAGGGAAAAAAAUGUCAUCUAUGUAGCGUUGGUUUAUGGUUUUGCUUACUAGACUUUGUGUUUCAAUAUUACCAUAAAACUGCUGAUCUUAAUAUGUUAAAAGAUCGACUAUUUCACCAUGUUCAAAAUAUUUUCGCUUUUUCUGAUUUCUAUUGUAAUGACUUUAAUUUUGCUGUUUUCAGGCCAAGUAGAUUGUGAAUUAUUACUGAAGAAACCUUAUACGACAGGAGUAUCUUGUGGCCAGUGUUAA